UUUUCCCCUCCACGAAACCCUAACCUUCGCCGAACUCCUCCGCCAUGGCCGACACCACCUCGAAGAAACCCUUCUUCCCCGUCGACGACCACCGCCACGCCGCUCCUCUCCGCACCCCCAAAACCCUAACCCCCGAGUCCCGCUUCUGGCGCUCCUUCACCACCUCCCCUCUCGUCUCCGACCUCCACCUCCCCGUCACCUCCCUCGAGUUCUCCCCCUCCCCUCCCUUCGACCUCGCCGCCGCCUGCUCCGCCUCCAUCCACCUCUUCCAUGGCGGAUCCUCCCCCUCCCCUGCCCCGAAACCCUUCUCCCCCCUCUCCUCCUUCUCCGACGUCGCCUUCUCCCCCUCCUUCCGCUGCGACGGCGCCCUCCUCGCCGCCGGCGGCGCCUCCGGCGUCGUCCAGGUCUUCCGCUCCGAUCGCGCCGCCCCUCCCCUCCGCCGCCUCCGCGCCCACUCCCGCCCCGUCCGCGCCGUCCGCUACCCCCGCCUCGCCGACAAGCUCCACCUCCUCUCCGCCGGCGACGACGCCCUCGUCUCCUACUGGGACGUCACCUCCGAGACCCCCCUCCUCUCCCUCCCCGCCGCCCACCGCGACUACGUCCGCGCCGCCGCCGCCUCCCCCGCCUCCCCCGACCUCUUCGCCACCGCCUCCUACGACCGCGUCGUCAAGAUGUGGGACGUCCGCGCCGCCGCCAAUUCGAACUCCGUGCUGGCCCUUGACCACGGCGACCCUGUCGAGAGCGUGCUGUUCCUCCCGUCCGGCGGCCUCCUCGCCUCCGCCGGCGGCAAUUCCGUCAAGAUCUGGGACGUGAUUGGCGGCGGGAGGCUCGUCCACUCCGUGGAGAGCCACAACAAGACCGUCACAGCGCUGUCGCUUGGGAGGACCGGCGGACUCGACGGCGGCAAGGAUGGCGGGGAAUCGAGACUUCUAAGCGUUUCGAUCGAUGGGUAUCUCAAAAUUUUUGAUUUUGCAGCGUUUAAGAUCACUCACUCGAUGCGGUACCCUGCCCAGCUGCUGUCGGUGGGGUUCUCGCCCUCCGGAUUGCUGAGGGUUGUUGGAACGUCUAAUGGGAUCAUUUACAUGGGGAAGAAGAAGAAGCAGAGAGAAGAAGAGGAGGAUGAAGGGGCUACAGCUGCUAGCGAGUUUGACUGGUCGAAUCCCAAGCCGGAGAAACCGGUUCUAAGGCCGACGAAUUUUAGGUACUUUCGUAGAGGCCAGAAUGAGAAGCCGGGGGAGAGUGAUUUCGUCAUAAAGAGACCUGCGAAGGUGAAGUUGGCGGAGCAUGACAAAUUGUUGAGGAAAUUCAGGCACAAGGAUGCUCUUGUUGCCGCUCUAAAUAAGAAGAAUCCGAAUAGUAUAGUGGCCGUGAUGGAGGAGUUGGUGGCGAGGAAGAAGCUUCUUUUGUGUGUUGGGAAUCUGGAUAGGGAUGAGCUUGGGCUACUAUUAGGGUUCCUGCAUAAAUUCGCUACAAUGCCGAGGCACGCAAGGUUCUUGAUGGGGCUGGCUAAGAGGGUUCUUGAGAUGCGUGUGGAGGAUAUCCAGUCGUCGGAUGAGAUGAGAGGGCAUGUUAGGAACCUUAAGCGCAUGGUUGCGGAGGAGAUACGGAUACAGCAUUCUUUGCGGGAGAUACAGGGAAUGAUCUCACCUUUGCUUAUGAUUGCUGGAAAAUGAAUUGCUUUUGCUAUUUCUCAUGUCAGGAACUUGGCAAUUUUUUUGUUCUGGCGAGCUGCUAUUUAUCUGUGCAAUACUUGUUGUGACCGCUACUAUAUGCAAUUUUGACAUACCAUCAUGGUUGGCAAUCAAAUUAUUGUUGUAAUUUGCUGGGUAUGGUCAGAUUUUGUUAAAAUAGUGAAUUUUUAUUUCUUGGCAAAAUUCUAGAUGAUCAAUCGAUGUGAAUGUAUUAUGUUUCUGCUUUAGGGAAUUCUAAUUUAAUAUGACUUACUGAUGCAACA